AUGGCAGACUUCUUUCGCGACACAACAUUUGGACAGACAGUUCGUCUCCUAUCUGGAAAGAGACUGUUUCUUCACCCCGAAGAAAAGCCAGGCUUCAUUCUGCCUGCCGAGUACCAGCUCUCACUCAAUAAUGAAGAAAAGCUUGCUGCAAGAGGAUCCAGCCCCGCAUCCACAUUACAGAAUAGCGAUGCGGACGUAGAGGCUCAUAGAAGCUCAGUGGACGCCGCUGGUAUUGAGCUUCACAAGACAAAGUCGGUCCCAAUCGCUCCAGUCAAAACUUCGGACGGCACCAUUCUCGUUGACUGGUAUUCCACCGAUGAUCCUGCAAACCCCCAGAACUGGUCCACCGGGAGGAGAGCAUGGGUCGUCAUUGUUAUGAGCUUAUACACCAUGAUUGCAUACAUGGCUGGCUCGCUCUAUGCCACCUCGGAGCCUGGUGUUCAAGAACAAUUUGGCGUGGGAAACCAAACUGUACUCCUCGGUCUUUCAAUGUUUGUUCUAGCAUAUGGUGUUGGCCCUCUAUUCUUUGGCCCCAUCACAGAGAUUCCCGCUGUCGGCAGAGGCUGGGUGUACUCGCUCUCGUUUAUUGUCACCUUUGCCCUCAGCUUUCCCACCGCUACCGUCAACAGCUUUGAUGGAUUGAUUGCCCUGCGAUUCUUCCAGGGCUUCUUUGGCAGUGUUGGUAUUGCCAUUGGCGGUGCCAGUGUUGGAGACGUCGUCCCCUUUCUGUAUUUUCCCUAUGGUCUGGUGGCGUGGAUCUUGGCCUUUUGGUGGGCUCCUCCUAUCGGAACUGUGAGUGGUGGCUUCGCUGCUAUGGCACAUGGCUGGAGAUGGCCCAUGUGGUUGAUCACCUGGUGGUCAGCGCCCAUGCUGCUUAUGCUGCUCUUCCUUACACCAGAGACAUCCCCCUCCAACAUCUUGCUCAGACGUGCGCGGCGCCUUCGAGCCCUUACCGGCGAUUCAAGACUCCAAUCUCAGGGCGAACUUGACCAACGUGGUAUGACUGCGACCAGCAUUCUUAUGGAGACUCUCAUCAGACCUUUUGAGAUUGCCAUCAAGGAUCCCGCUGUUGCCUAUGUCCAUUUGUACACCGCCUUCUUCUACGGCGUCUUCUUCUGUUUCUUUGAAGUCUUCCCUCUUGUCUUCAUCCCCAUCUACGGCUUCAAUCUUGGAGAAAUCGGCCUAGUCUUCCAGUGCUGCGGUAUCGGCGCCACUAUUGGCACAGUCUUCUACUUCCUCUUCCUGCGCUACUACAUGAUUCCCGAUAACGUCAAGAACGGCUUCGACAACCACGAGCAACGUCUGAUUCCUGCUCUUGCCGGCUCGGUCUUGACCCCCAUUGGCCUCUUCAUUUUUGCCUGGACUCAUUACGCUCAUAUUCACUGGAUUGUUCCAAUGAUUGGUGUCGUUACGUUCUGUGUUGGAAUGUUCUGGAUCAUUAUGGCACUCUUCACAUACGUCCCAGUUUCGUACACGCAGUUCACGGCUUCAAUCUACACAUCCAACGGCCUUGCCCGGUCCAUGAUUGCAUGCUCGGCAGUCCAUAUUGCACGCCCCCUAUUUAUCAAUGUCGGAACUCACGAAGGUGUUACUAUCCUGGCGUGUCUGAACAUCCUUGGCAUUCCAGCAACCUGGUACAUUUAUAAGAAGGGCGCUCAACUUCGUGCCAAGUCUAAGUUUGCUCAGGGCUAA